UGAUGCUCAAUCCCAGCAUAUUGGGUGAAAGAUGGAUCAUUUUCUAACAUUUCAGAUUCGGACACAGUCGAUCCUCAUCGUCAUCGUCGUCGAUCGAUCAUACUGUGUAGCAUUCUUUCGAUGAUGAUACCCACUGGCGAUUAGGGUUCUGGUUUUGAUUGCCCAAAUCGAACCGACAAUGGAGAAGAAAUAGGAGAUAGGAAAUUGUGGGGACGACCCGACACUACAGACAACGAACACUUGAGAGAAAUUAUCCACUUUGUGGUUGACGUCAUCCUUUUCACAAAAGCUUUCUUCUUCGGUACAAGUUCCAUGGAUCAGAGUUCCAGAUUGAUCUAUGCCGAUCGUUUUGCGAGAUGAACGGUGCGGAUGUGUCGAUAUUUGUAAGUUCCCGGAGCUGCGAAGAAUUUAAUUUCCAAUUCUCCGUCGGCCCAUUUCUUCCCCUUAUCCUUUCUGGCUGUUCUUCCAUUCUUCCCCCUUGUUUUCGGUUGAUUAUACGCAGGAAAUAGCUCUAGGGUUUCGAGCAAACGCAGUGAUUCUGAACUAGGAAUUUGGGAGAGGAUUUGGAGAGUAGAUGCAGCCUGUAACGAUGGAAGGUUCAGAAACAAAGUCAUCGUUGGAUUAUGGAAAACCUCCAUGGAUGUUCAAAGGCAGGCAAGAAUCGUUUUGGUGCGUUGUACCAGCUUCAUCUUGUUAAGACAGAGACUGCUCGAGCUUUCAUCCCGAAAGAAUUCAAAUUAGUGGAAGCAUUUGGGUAUACUCUCGGAGGAUUCUUUCUCGCCAAUUAUGAGGACAGCCCAGCUGGAAUAUUUGAUGAGCUUGUGAUCAUUGCAGGGAUCGUCUGGAAUCCACCUACAUCCUGUGCAUGGGCUGCAAGAGUGUUGGUGAACAGUGAAAAGGCGUGCGUACAUGGACGAAAGGAUGUCGGGCUUCCGAGUCAAUUUGCCAAUUUUACAAAGAGGAUCGCAGCGAUUCCAGCAACAGAUAAAAAAAGAAGUCGAUUUUGUAGCUUUUUGAGCAAGAUAGGCAUGAGAGGUUCUGAGGUUAAUGUGAAGAAUUCGAUGGAUAUACAAGUGAAAGAGACGAAGGAUGGCAGUCGCACAGCCAUGGAUAUCUGUAGUAUUAAUCUCCCCGCAGCUGCAAUGGAAGCGCCCAAAAACGACGCUAAAAAAUGGAUCGGCCCUUCUCUCAAACUCUGUCUCCCGAGCUUUAGUGGUCGAACGGAAUAUAAUCCGCACCUCCUAAAGUACUCCUGCAAGAUCGAAUGCAGGUUGCGCGUAGUUCCACCGGCUAAAGUUAUGGGACCGUCUGAAGCAGACAACGACAAGGAUGAAAGGAACCAUUGCAUAUCGAUCAUGCUAUCCAAGCCAAUCUUGGCCCUCAAGUUCAAUCGUCUGAAAAUGACCGUCGAGGCUCCUUCCAUCGUUGCACAGUAGAAAAAACACGGUUUCUUUCUAUCAUUUCCACGGCUUAAUCCUUUUCGUUGAGUUUGCGACUGUUUCGUGUUCUAAUUACGAUUGUUCGUUUCGUGUUCGUCCGAGAUACAACAAUGUACAUUAGAAAGAGCCAUGGUAUUCGAUCAUUGCCGAAACAGGUUUCCUUUUUAUACAAAAAAACUGAUUCCAUCUCUGAGAAA